ACUGUGCCCGAUAGUACCUCCCUUCCCGGUCGCGUACCCCGCGCCUGUGUGUACCGGAGAAAUUCAUAAAAGAGCGGGGGACAGCGUGCCCGGCUCGCCCCGUUCUCCACCGGGGGAGGACCCGUCCGGAAGGCGAAGGGACGGAGGAAGGACCGACCAUGGACAUGCCCGAGGACUGCUGGGACCACGUGGGACUGCUCCAAGAGGUCUCCGCCGCGGAACCACCCCCGCCACCGUCCGCCUCCGACUUCUUGAUCCACCAUCAAGAGCUGCUGGUGAGCGGCGGGCAGCCGACAACGGCGACGUCGCCGGCGAUGUCGGGGGGUGCGUUGAGCCCGGGUGCCCUGUCGCCUUCGUCUACGGCGACAACGACGACGGGGGUGGGGCCCGCGGGCACCGGCGGCGCCACGACCCCCGUGGGUGCCGCCACCGGGCCCGGUUGCUGCGAGAACGGCAGGCCCAUAAUGACGGACCCCGUGACAGGGCAAACGGUGUGCAGCUGCCAAUACGACAACGCCGCGAGAUUCGCGCUGGGCGCUUAUCCUCGGCUACCCACCGCGACUUCCUACUCCUCCUACCCCACGCCGACGCCAUCCACCAACGACCAGGGGCCUUACCCCAGCAUCGGCAUGGACAGCUCUGCGUUCUACUCCCCACUGGGUAAUCCGUACGGGCUGAAGGACGCGACGGGGAUGGGCAUGACGGCGGACAUGGGUGCUGCCUGGGGCACGGCCGCCCUUCAACCUGCCGCCACGGGUUACUACCCUUACGAUCCAACCCUGGCCGCCUACGGGUAUGGCGCUGGAUACGACCUGGCCGCGCGGCGAAAGAAUGCUACGAGGGAGUCGACAGCAACCUUGAAGGCUUGGCUGAACGAACACAAGAAGAACCCGUAUCCAACGAAAGGCGAGAAGAUUAUGCUGGCUAUCAUUACAAAGAUGACGCUGACCCAAGUCUCCACUUGGUUCGCGAACGCGCGGAGACGUCUCAAAAAGGAGAACAAAAUGACCUGGGAACCGAAGAACAAGACGGACGACGAUGACGACGCGGUGCUCACCGAUUCCGAGGAUAAUAAGGAAAAGGACGAUCUCGCGUCGGACAACAGAGGCGACCGGGUCGGCGAAGAGGCGAGGCGGGGCCUCGACGAUACCGAACCAAUGAGGCAUGUGAAAGCGGAACUUUUACAGCACGAGAAGGAUCUUGACGACGAGGACGAGUUAGAUCUCGAGGACGACCGCCGGCGGAACGAGCAUCCCUUUCAUCACACGAUGCAGCAUCAUCAUCAUCACCAUCAAGGUUACGGCGGCGAGGACCACCUGAAGGAAGAGGGAAUCAAGUCGGACUGUAGCGCGGGCGGUGUGCCGAUCCCCGCGACGAAACCGAAAAUCUGGUCCCUAGCGGACACGGCGGCGUGUAAAACGCCGCCGCCACCGUCGCACCCCCAUCAUCAGCAGUAUCAUCAUCUGCAUCACCAGCAACAUUACCCCCAGCAGCAGCAGCAGCAGCAGCAUCACGUGCCCAAUCAAGGACAUCAUCAUCACACGCAACAACCGUGGCUCGGUCCAGGAGGCGCAGGAGGUGGAGGAAACUUGGCAAGUUCGUUCGCUCUGCCCUCCUCGGCGGGGAUGAGCCCGUCGGCGGCGGCAACGGCCCCCUAUUCGAGCGCUACCGCGAGAUACGGCGGUUUCCUCUCGUCCUCGUCCGGCGGCCAGCUCCAUUACAACCCCAACUCGUCGUCGGGCUCGAGUUCGAGCGCGUCCUCCUCGGCGGCAGCGGCGGCGGGGUUUCCAGAGGUUGGCACGGACACUCCACCCCAGACACCGCCCAAUAUGAAGGUGGCCACGCCGAACGGAGUGAUCCAGGCACCGCCGGGCGGUUACUGUCCUGGUGGCAACGCCGCUAGUGCCGCAACUAAUGGCAAUCCUAAUAUUCCCUACGGCGCGAAUCAUCCCGGUGGCGGUGGUUAUCUGUCGACGAGCUCGGGCUCGGCCAGCAGCGCCUCGUCCUUCAAUUCUCGACUGCAGAGCUCGCCUCACAAGGACUUUUCGCCAGUCGGCCAAAAUUCCAUUCUCCACCAGCAUCAAACCACUGCCAGCUUGCCACCCACGGAAGCCACCACCGCAUUUAAACCGUUCUACAAAGGCUCGCAAUCGAUGGGUAGCGGCUUCGUCUCGCCGGUUUAAGAGCCAGUGCCGAGGUCCAGAAAACGAUAGUCGUCUUUCCCAAAAAUAAAGCGGCGCCGUUGAAGGAGAGGUCCUGCGAGGAAGUCCUGCGGCCGGAAUGUAAAUACGCGCUCCUGAGUGGUCUCGGGAUUUAUUAGCGUUAUCUCGACUUCGCGUCAGGGGCGGAGAGCGAAAGAAGUGCGAGGCGUAAGAAGCGGAUAGAGAGAGAGUGAGAGAGAGGGGGGGGGGGCAGCCAGGCGAGCAGGAAGGAUGAAAGAAAGGGAAGGAGAGGAAAAGGUGGCCGUCUCUCCGAGAUACAUAAAUCGUUCCCCGACCUCUGGGAGGCGCGACUUGGAAAAGACGUAUGAGGGGGUGGAAGAGCGCCUGUGCGAAGCGGGAGUGCGCGAGAGAGGAGGCGGCUUAGAGGAGAUUUAGGAAUUAGGAGAAUUACGUCAAAGUGCCUGCUUACGCACGGCUACGUACGGCGAAGCGACACCGGGGGCCGGGUAAGAAGAAAGUAUGGGGGCCGAGCGCACGGCGGGAUUUAUGUCCGACGCGCUCUUCUCGGCGCGCUGCGAGCACGACGCUGCGAGCCGCCCGUAUUUUCGAUUUCGGUACCAUCGACCGCCGGUUGACGGCUGGAAGACGGGCUUAACCCGCCCGGCGCUAACCCGUCGUCGAGAGGCGGGCUCGAGAGCGAGAGGGAGGUUUUCCAAGUUACCCAGAUCGAGUGGCCGAACUCUCCGCGAUCGUCUUCGGAUGACGGUCGGAUGUACCGCCGGUGUACAUCGUCCUCACACGUACACUCACACACGCAUCCCGCACACGUAACUGUGAGCCCUUUUCCUUUUUAGUCAAUGUUUCAUUGCCGAUCGCGUUUCGGCGACGUCUCGGGAUUCCCGGAGCCUGGGCACUGCGCGUAGAGAGUCAUCGAUUUUGUAAAUAGGGGACGUGCGAAAUCAACUUCGGGAAUUCGCGUUGACGGUCUCGCACCGAGGAUCGUAACACGUGUAUACAUGUACAAUACUUCCGAUCGAAGGGUGAAUCGUUUGGGAUUCCAAGUGUCCCGCGAAUUGUCGGACGAACGAUACGCCUCUUCUGAGAUCGCGAUGAUACCAAUCGCGAAAUAACACACGGGCAACGUGCAAGGUAGCACCACCUCUUCGUUACGAAGUAACGGGGGGUUUUUAACGGUCAUCGCUCGAAAUCGGUCAUUUAACCCGGAGAGAAAGAGAGUUUCGAGCGAACAUAAUACUUCGACCAAGUCGCGCGCGGCACGAAUAUCAAGAGAGGACAAAAAAAGAAGA